CGAGCGAUGAGUUCGAAGAAAAAUCGUAGGUCUCGAUCUAGGUCCCGUUCUCGGGAUAGAGAUCGAAAUAAGAGUAAGAUAUCAAGAUCGAGAUCCCCCGAACAGAGAGGUAGUAGGAACCGUUCCCCGAUAAAGAGCUCUCGCAGAGGAGCUCGGUCAGAUAGCGCUAGCUCAAGGAGCAGUAGCGGAUCCCCAGGCCCCUAUCGACACAGAACCAGAGAUAAUGACCAUUCAGCUGACUCUGAUGGGGAGAAGCGAGGAGGACAGCGUUCACACAAGAGAUCUAAAGACAGAAACAGUAGUGACUCUGAUGAUCACAGAGGUAAAAAACAACACAAGAAAAAGAAGAAACGUAAGGAUGAAAGGGAAGGAAGGAGAAGGAGCCGAAGCCUUUCACAUUCCAGAUCUGGAUCAAGUACUGAGAGGAGAAAAGCAAGAGAUGGCGAGAGUGCGGAAAGGGAAAGAAAGCAAAGGAGAAACAGCAGAAGUUAUAGCAGAGAGAGACAGAGAGACAGAGACAGGGAGAGGAGAAAAAGUAGAGAGAGGGGGAGAAGCAGAAGAAGUGAAGAGCGGGAUCGUAAUGGCAAAAGCAGAGAUAGGAGCGGAGGAAGGAGAGAGAGGAGCAGAGACAGACACAGGAGACGCUCCCCAUCUGGCUCCUCUGAGUCGUCUGUCUCCUCAGAUUCCGACAGCGAUGCAAAGUGUAGCAAGCAGACUCAGGAACAGCUGAGUGCAAAGGAGGAGAAGAGAAGACAGAGGGAGAUGUUAAAGGCUCUGGAAACUCCAGAGGAGAAGAGAGCCAGGCGACUCGCUAAAAAAGAGGCAAAAGAGAGGAAGAAGAGAGAGAAGAUGGGAUGGAGUGAAGAGUAUAUGGGAUACACCAAUGCUGAUAACCCAUUUGGAGACAACAACCUGCUCGGGACCUUCAAAUGGCAGAAGGCUUUAGAGAAGAAAGGCAUUGGGCACUUGGGCGAAAAGGAAUUGAAAGAGAGAAACAAACGCAUCCAAGAAGACAACCGGAGAGAACUGCAAAAGGUGAAGCAGUUGCGUUUGGAGCGGGAGCGAGAAAAGGCUAUGCGUGAACAGGAACUGGAAAUGCUACAACGCGAGAAAGAGGCGGAGCAUUUCAAAACCUGGGCGGAGCAAGAGGAUAAUUUUCAUCUUCACCAGGCAAAACUGAGGUCUAAGAUUCGUAUCAGAGACGGCAGGGCAAAACCCAUUGACCUGUUGGCUAAAUACAUCAGUGCUGAGGAUGACGACCUGGCUGUGGAGAUGCAUGAGCCUUACACAUUUCUCAACGGCCUCACUGUUACUGACAUGGAUGACCUGCUGGAGGACAUCAAGGUGUACAUGGAGCUUGAGCAAGGGAAGAAUGUGGACUUUUGGAGGGACAUGACAACAAUCACUGAGGACGAGAUCAGCAAGCUGCGAAAGCUGGAGGCAUCAGGGAGAGGACCAGGGGAUCGUCGUGAGGGCAUUAACACGUCGGUGAGUGCUGACGUCCAGACGGUCUUUAAGGGGAAGACGUACAGUCAGCUCCAGGCUUUACACAUCAACAUAGAGAACAAGAUCCAAGCAGGUGGCUCCAACCUGGACAUUGGAUACUGGGAGAGCCUGCUUCAGCAGGUCAGGGUCUACAUGGCCCGUGCAAGGCUGAGAGAGAGACACCAGGAUGUCCUGAGACAGAAGCUGUAUAAACUGAAACAGGAGCAGGGAGUGGAAAGUGAACCUCUUUUCCCCAUCAUUAAAGAAGAGCCUGAGGAAUCUGAGGAACCUACGAGAGAGCCAGAGCCAGCAGUGGAGGAGGAGGCAGGUCCUUCAACUAGCUUUCAGAGACAGGAGGCGGAGGAGUCAGGAGAGGAAAGCGAGGAGAAGGAAGAGGAGGAGGAGAAGGAUAAAUCACCUUCUGCUGGAGGGGAUAAAGAGAAAGAGGGAGAAGAGGGAGAAGAGAAGGAAGAGCAGGGUGGAGCGACGGAGGCGGUCCUGACAGAGGAAGAUCUGAUCCAGCAGAGCCAGGCUGAAUACGACUCGGGCCGGUACAGCCCCAAACUGCUCCUGCCCUCCGAGCUUCCUCUGGACACUCACACGAUUGAGGAAGAGGAGGAUCUGCAACGACUUCAUCAGGCUCGCAGACAGUUACAGGACACGGGUGAUGCCAGUGAGAGUGCAGAGGAUGCGUUUGUUCGUCGUGCUAAAGAGGGCAUGGGUGGAGAUGAGGCUCAGUUCAGCGUGGAGUUGCCUCUGACUGGCAAAAUGUACCUGUGGGCUGACAAAUACAGGCCACGUAAACCUCGCUUCUUCAACCGCGUGCACACCGGCUUCGAGUGGAACAAGUACAACCAGACUCACUACGACUUUGACAACCCGCCUCCCAAAAUCGUGCAGGGUUACAAAUUUAACAUCUUCUACCCGGACCUCAUCAACAAGCGUUCCACCCCACAAUACUUCUUGGAGCCUUGUCCCGAUAACAAGGACUUUGGGAUCCUGCGUUUCCACGCCGGACCUCCGUACGAAGACAUUGCUUUUAAGAUCGUAAAUCGAGAAUGGGAGUAUUCUCAUCGGCACGGUUUCCGCUGUCAGUUUGCCAACGGAAUCUUCCAGCUCUGGUUCCACUUCAAGAGAUAUCGCUAUAGGAGAUAGAGGGCGUGGUUGAACACGGACAGUGUAAACUGGAGGGACUAAAUGUCGUUGCAUCUCUGAAAACUGUACGUGUCGUUUGUAUAAAAGAUAAGAUCACCUGUUACUACUGUUUGGCUUUCCAAUGCAUUAUAGCAUCCUUGUAAACGGGGCAAAAAUUUGGGUAAUUCUGCUGUGAAAUUUAAAAUCAGUACACGCAGUGUCUUGAUGGAAGAGUGUUUUUGCUUUGCGGCUCCUGCUGGGUAUACUGAAGGCACCACACAGGAACUGUGUAGAUGCAGACGUCUUAUAGUGGAAAGGGAGCUUUGUACAAUAAGAUGUUGAAAUGAUGAGAAUGAGAAAUUUCAUCUUUCUACCACAUAGAUAGUCUUCUUCAUGUUUUAUGUAUAUUGUCUGUCUCAGCCUCUGUUCCUCUUAAUUACUCCUAUGUAACCUUUUGCUGGAAAAUAAAUGGCAUCUUUAGCCUUGUUUAGGUUCUAGUUAACCUUUUAAUA